AUGAUUGAAGCGGCCUGCAUGGACCAUCUACAGCCCGCCAGCAGCCUUCCCGAUCCAAUGGACAUCUCUGAUUCCGCCACUACGGUAGCUUCUCCGCCGUCUUCCGACUUCCCUGAGCUGCUCCCCUUCUCAGCAGUAAGUAUUGGCAGCAUGCGCCAGUUUGCCUCAAGUUUGGGCGCCACCGAGCACCCGACUCUCGCUAAUACAAGCUCCUCUUUUGCGCAGUCCUCUUCCUAUCAUAUCAGCGCCGACUGCAGCCUGCUUCUCAGCCCCGUUUCAUCUGUGGCCUCACCUCCAAUGCCGCAUGUGGUGAGGCAGUACGCCAUCUUCCCCGACAACCCGCUCAACCAUCUACCUAGCCCUCCCAAUAGCGGCAAGAUGUUCUACCCCCAUUGGAACACUACCUUCGGCAUGGGCCAUGGCCCUGGUCCAAACGACGACGUUGCUAUCCCCCCAGAAUUCUAUAUGCAAGAGCGCUGUACCCCAGACCCGGAGUCAUUCCUAAGCGCAUACACUCUCGUGGACUCGCAGAGCCAGCCGCCUCUGAACCAGCCGCCCCCGUACUUUAUGCCCGUUCCUCGCCUCGGUAGCAAUGGCCCACCAAUGAUGCACAACUGCAAGCCGAGGACGGCAGAGAGUCCACAGACCCUGGAAACGUUCUCUGAAGUUAGCACGCCGGGGGAGGGGUCUAAAGCCGAGACUACUCCUGCCAAAAGAGCUUCGAGGAAGCGAUCGGUUUCUGCCGCUUCAGAUGCCAAAAAGGACGAGGUUGACUCUGACGUACAAGACGACGGGGAUUCACAGGACGAGGUCUACGGCAGUUCCCAGCGCAGUAGCAGCGGUGGGGUGAGGAAAUCGAGGAAGAGAGCGGCCGUAAAGAGGUCUAGCGCUUCGCGCAUCCCGCCAGUCGAUGCAGGCGAAUACCAGAAUUGUUUUGGUGACUUGGUCGCUCCUCAACUCAAGGACAAUUGCCCCAAAGAGGAGCGCUGCAUCUUUUCGUCCCGGUGGAAGCACCGAAACAAGAAAGGCCAGGACAUGUGGGAUAGUAUCCAGGAGGACUACUACAAGGAGUUUGAAAAGGAGCAAUGCAAAGAGACGCUCCAAAUGAAGCUAACCCGAGGCCGCUCCAAGUACCUUAAGUGGCUUGAGAAGGAUGAGGAGCUUCUCAGACAAGCAUGGCAGAACAUGGAGCGCAACCGAUACAAGUUGAUACUUGAAGAGUUUUACAAGCUAGGAGGCUCACGAAAUAUGCUUCUGAAUCCAAGCGACGUUGAAGUCAAGGUGGUUGUUGACAUGGCGCUGGAGGAAGACGUUUAUGUGGAAGGUGUCAACGAGAUGGAAAUCCGGCGCCGUUGCCGAUUCUUGACAGGAAAGAAAAAAACAAGCGGUCGAAAUGCAGAAGAGCCCGGGAUCUCGUACAAGGGCCCGUCGUUGUUUGGACGAGCGGUGGAUGAAGAUGAAGUGAUUGACCAGGUGAUGGGCCAACAACUUGAUGGGGAUCAACGCAAAGGUUUGGCGCAGCGACGCAAGCGCAGCAGCGUGAAGCCAAGCAGGGGACCCAAAAAGGUAAAACUUGAGAAGGAAUAA